AUGCUCCAAACAGAAUCCUCUGCCAGUCAACCACGCAUAUCCGCAGAUGGCGCCCGACGUCUCCGCCCCGUUGAUGCGACCCGAAUUGGUAUAGAAGCGCAGUCGGCCAUUCCAUUGCGAUCGUUCGACUCCUCGACACCACAUCGUCCCCCACGUUCACCGCCGCAAAGAACUGACUCAAACCCACGACACGAGACGACCUCAACCCCCACCUCUCUCUCGACCUCCCACCGACCAGACAGCUUCAAUCGAGCAGCAGACCUUCACGGUCCUACAUCUCCAAGCCAGCUUCAAGACGAGUUCCAACACCAUGCCGCAUGGCAGAACGAGCAGACGUCGUUUAUAACCCCGCUGAAAUCAUUGUGGGGGCUGAUGUCGAAGGCACCUCUUCUGUUGCGCUCCUCACCCGGGUUUGGCACAGGGUCAUAUGGAGCGGCCCCGAUAGGAGUCUCGACGGAGAAUAGCGAUGAGGAUGAAUAUGAAGAGAUACGGAGGCGGGACAAACGGCGGAAGAAGAGCUCGGGGUUGAGAAAUGCGCUCAGCACAGGGACUUUGUCUAGCAACCAAGGCACAUCAGACUCGGAUGUAUCGCGCAGGAGAUCUCGACGAAGAGCGUCACGGACGAGCAGGAAGAGUUCUGCAAAGACGGAGGACACCCCGAUUGAUCCGGUGGAGGACAUAGGGCUGGGAAGCAGAUACAGCUCGGGAGGGAUACCAAUACCCACGACGAAAGACCCAAUCCAAGAUGGCAGUCCGUUCAAUGACAGCGAGGAGUCGUACUCUGGCAGUGGCUCCGAGGAAGCCGUGACGGACGAACCUCUGUUCGACGAGGAGGACCCUCCCGAUAAUUCUCCCUACGCCCAAGUACGAGCUUCCGUAUCCGCCGUAGACAACACAACUCUGUCCAUAAAUACCCCCCGCAUGUGGAUUCUGUCCAUACUCUUCGCUAUCCUCGGAUCCUCCACCAACCUUUUCUUUUCUCUUCGAUACCCGAGCGUUUCCAUUACACCAGUUAUCGCACUUUUGCUAGUACAUCCUUUAGGUCUGCUUUGGGACCGAAUACUUAAACGACGAGAUGAUCCACAAGAAGAAUUUAUAGACGGCUUACGAAGUACACGCGCGUCAGACGAUGAGAUUUCAGAGAACGAUACACAAGAUAAUAUAAACAAUAAUUCUGCCGGGCCAGGAACCACGCGAAAGUUCCGGUUGUGGCUAUCACAAGGGAGAUGGAACGAGAAGGAGCAUAGCUGUGUCUAUAUCAGCAGCAACAUUUCUUUCGGAUUUGCAUUUGCAACAGACGUCAUUGUAGAGCAGACGAAAUUUUACAACCAAGAAGUCAGUAUCACAUACCAGCUUCUGCUGAUUCUCUCUACUCAGAUCCUAGGAUAUACAUUUGCGGGAUUAUGUCGAAGAUUUUUGGUCAGACCAGGAGGAAUGAUUUGGCCGGGAACACUCAUGUCAGCGGCCAUGUUCACUACAUUACACAAGGAGGAGAAUAAAAUUGCGAAUGGCUGGAAGAUUACUAGAUGGAGAUUCUUCUUUAUUGUCUGGCUUUCCGCUUUCGCCUUCUACUUCCUCCCUGGACUUCUUUUUCCAGCACUGAGCUAUUUCAGCGUCAUCACAUGGAUCUGGCCAAAGAGCGUUGUGGUUGCAAAUCUUUUUGGUGUAGCAUCAGGUCUCGGGCUCUUCCCCGUGACUUUCGACUGGGCGCAGAUCGCAUAUAUCGGCUCACCACUCCUCACACCUUUCUGGGCUGCAAUGAACGUGGUUGGAGGUCUGGUUAUUGUCAUGUGGAUUGUGGCGCCCAUCGCAUAUUACUACAACGUUUUCUAUUCCUCGUAUAUGCCCAUUUUAUCCUCUUCUGUAUUCGAUAACACCGGAAAUAUCUACGAUGUCAGCAAGAUUUUGACCAAAGAUUUCGUUUUUGACAAGGAAGCAUAUCACAAUUACAGUCGGGUAUAUCUACCAAUUACCUAUGUUCUAAGCUAUGGACUGCAAUUUGCGGGACUCGCGUCAUUGCUCACACAUACCGCCUGCUGGAAUGGCAAAGAUAUCUGGAGACAGUGGAAAACUUCUAUGAAGGAAGUGGAGGGAGAAUCAAAAUCGACAUACCAGCCAAUCAGUUCAAAUGGAGGAGCCCAAGCAUCCAAUCGACAGAGGAGAAGAUCACGAUCCGAUUCUGGCAUGGAUAAUUUGAUGAGCCAGGAAGACGUGCAUAAUCGCUUGAUGAGGAGAUACAAAGACGCGCCAUUGUGGUGGUACCUGGUCACUUUUGUUAGUAUGACUGGGGUUGGCAUGUUUGUUGUCGAAUACUAUCCCGUCUAUCUUCCCUGGUAUGGCCUCCUCCUCGCUCUCGGGAUUUGUGCUGUCCUUUUCAUCCCAAUUGGUAUUGUCAUGGCCAUCACCAAUCAGCACAGCAGCAUCUACCUGAUCUGCCAGCUUAUCUGCGGCGCCGUGUUCCCUGGUCGACCUGUCGCAAAUAUGGUGUUCGUGACAUACGGCUACAUCUCAUCCGCACAAGGAAUCAAAUUCUCUGCCGACCUAAAAUUAGGACACUACAUGAAGAUCCCACCUCGCAUCCUCUUCAGCGUUCAAAUGGUUGCCACAAUCGUCUCCUCAAUCACCCAGAUCGGCGUCCUAAACUGGAUGUUUGCCAACGUCCCCAAUAUCUGUACCCCCCAAGCUAUCAACGGCUUUGUCUGCCCUCUCGCCCGCGUCCACUUCAACGGCAGCAUCCUCUGGGGUGUCGUCGGCCCCAAAGAAUUCUUCGGCACCAACGCCACCUACCAUAUCCUCGUCUACGCCUUUCCUUUUGGCGCCAUCGCCCCUAUCCUCCUCUGGCUCGUUGCACGCAACAAAAAAGGCCAUAAACGCCUCCACAUCCUCCGUAAAAUCAACCUCCCCGUCCUCUUCGGCAGUCUCUCCUGGAUCCCACCUGCUACAGGCCUUAAUUUCUCCGUCUGGGCCCUCGUGUGUUUCCUCUUUAAUUAUGUUAUCCGGAGGCGCGCGGAGCCGUGGUGGGCGAAAUACACCAUGACUCUGAGCGCGGCGCUGGAUUCUGGACUUGCAUUUGGUUUGGUCGUGGUGUUCUUCGGGUUUGUCUACCCCGGCUUCAUGGACGGGUUUAAAUGGUGGGGCACGGAGAUUUAUAAGAAGGGGUGCGAUUGGAAUGCUUGUCCUUAUAAGGUUGUGGCGAAUGGGAGUCAUUUUGGUCCGGAUUCUUGGUGA